UGGUGUGUCAUAAGUCCGGCAGCACAUCCACAGUUUCCUUUGGCACAUGUGCUUUGAACUUGGCGUGCUUGUUGUUUGGCAUGUUUCUGUGUUUACCAUCCGUUUACAGCCCUGGCUUGUCAGAGAACAAGCAGUCACGGUGAGCCACGCCUAUUGUCCAUGUGCCUCAUUCUCCAAUCUCUCCAUCCCUCUGUACCACGCGCUCCGUGUUUUGCAUAAAAUGUGUAUCAGUAGGGCAGCGCUCUCUCCUGCACAUGCAGAGCGCACAUGUAGCGUGGCUUUACAGAACACAUACCACGGUCGAAUAAGCGCAUCAAACUCCCCUCAGCCCCAGAUCCCCGCCAAUGAAAAUGCACAAAAGCGUGAAGGAGAGAGAGGGAGAGAAAGGACUGCGCGAGAUACAAAGAGUGAGCCAAAUCCCACGCAAACAGACACAACACAAGUUGAGCGAACGGAAAGGCGGUCACAUUUCCUACUCACCUGCAAACGUGAUUGAUGUUUCUGUUUGUAUCAGUGGGUGUGUGUGUCAUGCCUGACACCCCUCUCGCGGAUAUGCUGACUGUACUUUCUUAGAAUUCAUGAGAAGCGUUUAAUCUUUCGCCCGAGCAACGUCACACGCGCUCGAACCAAGGCGCAGUAUCCAGAUCGCAGAAAGCAUCCAGGUAUCUUCGAGGAGACCUGCUUGUCUUAAGUCACCUCUGUCAGCGCAGACCUGAGCACCGCGAGAGACAUCGGUACAGUUUUCUGGGAAAACUUAACGCGCACUGGACACAUUUCCAUCACUGCGCUCCAUGGAGCAGAUGUUUUACGCAGAGCUGUUUCUUGACUUUCUCACCUGUCUUCAAAAGACUUUUGCUUCAGUCUAGUGACAACCACGGACGAAUAUCUUCAAGUCUGAUUAAAGUCAUCCACAUCAACAAGAGACAUGGAUAACAGCCCUGGAGGUGGAGUCAUCCUGUAUGCAGGCUCCUCUGGCAGUUCCAGCCCCAGUCCUGGCAGCCCCUCCAGCGGGUACCAGACACAGUCACCUUCCUCACACUCCCAGCCCUCAUCUCCAGAAGAGGUUACCUUCACAGAGAUCGGGGCGCUAAAACAGAGGGCAGGUGGGUGCAGCACCCCAUCCUCCAAACUGGUGUUCCAGUUCCCAGAAGUCUACAGUGGCCCAUCAGCAGCAGCUACUCCACAACAUACCUAUGCACACCCCAUUGCAGGAAAGAGGCCAUGCGGGUUCCCAGGAACUUUCACAAAGACAGGUGGAAUGGUCCUGCUUUGCAAAGUCUGUGGGGACAUUGCAUCUGGUUUCCACUAUGGAGUGCAUGCAUGUGAGGGUUGCAAGGGUUUUUUCCGUCGCAGCAUCCAGCAAAACAUCAACUACAAGAUGUGUGUGAAGAAUGAGAAUUGUUUGAUAAUGCGUAUGAACCGCAAUCGGUGCCAGCACUGCCGCUUCAAGAAAUGCCUCUCUGUUGGCAUGUCAAGAGAUGCUGUGCGUUUUGGACGCAUCCCUAAGAGAGAGAAGCAGCGACUUCUGGAUGAGAUGCAGAGCUACAUGAACAGCCUAAAUGAGUCAGCUGCCAUGGAAAUGGACUCCUCUUCAGUGAGGGACAGUCCCCCUAGCCCAGAUGAUGGAAACUCAAAAGAGGCCAUUGGAGCGAUCUCUAGAGCCUACCGUGACAUCUUCACCAGCAACAACAGCAGCAGCCAGGAGAGAGCAGCUAAGAGGGCUAACAUAACUACCAACAACAACAACCCACCUCCCUUUUCUCAGGAUGCCAAUUUUCCACAAGUCUCUUCUCACCCCACCUCCACCCAGAGUUAUCAGUCUUGCCCUGUUGCACCUGCCACUCUGUGCCCAGUUGCCCCCAAUGACAACCAACAUACAUUCCACAAUGUGGACAACAGCCGCUAUACCUACUUAGUGUCAGCUAACCAGAAUAAUGAUCAGUCUGACAAUACAACACGUCAAAGGGGCAGCUUGGCGAAUCACAACACUUUUCGCAAUGCAGGAAGUACCCAAAGUCAGCCCUCUUGCCCAUGGAACUUAGCUCCAGGAUCUAAAGUGCUGGCCUGUCCUCUCAAUGCGUGGCCUGUAUCAGGGGCAGAGCGUUCCAGUCAGGAGAUAUGGGAAUCCUUUUCUCAGUGUUUUACUCCGGCUGUCAAGGAGGUGGUGGAGUUUGCCAAAGGCAUUCCAGGAUUUCAAGAGCUUAGCCAACAUGACCAGGUCAUGCUGCUCAAAUCAGGCACCUUCCAGGUUCUAAUGGUGAGGUUCUGCACCUUGUUCAACGCUGAUGAACGUACAGUGACCUUUCUGAAUGGACAAACUUACCCCCUGCCCACCCUGCGGGCCUUAGGCAUGGGCUCUCUGCUGGACGCAAUGUUUGACUUCAGUGAGAAGUUGGGUUCCCUGGGGCUUGAGCCUGAUGAAAUGGCCCUCUUUAUGGCUGUGGUGCUGGUGUCUGCAGAUCGUUCUGGCAUCUCAGAUAUGCGGGCUGUGGAGCAGCUACAGGAGGGUCUGAGCCGUGCCCUACGGUCACUGAUCACUUGCCGUCGUCCGGAUGACACCUCCCUUUUCUCUAAACUCCUCCUGCGCCUGCCGGACCUGCGCACCCUCAACAAUCUGCACUCUGAUAAACUGUUGGCCUUUCGCAUUGACCCUUAA